CCUACCAUUGUGUCUAUGGAUCCAGAGUUAAAUGGAUAUAUUCUGAUUAAUGAGGCAAAGGGACUGGUCCCAGGUUACCCACAGUCCAUGUUAGACAUUUUAGGAAAAUACAAUAUUGCAGCUGUCCAUGGUGCUGCUCACAAGUACAUGAGAGGGGCAUUACUAUCUCUAAUCAGCCCUACUAUGAUAAGAGACCAAAUUUUGCCGAAAAUUGAUGAAUUCAUGAGAUCCCAUUGGAGCAAUUUGGAAAACAAUGUCAUUGAUAUUCAAGAAAAGACGAAAGAGAUGGCAUUUCUCUCAUCAUUGAAACAAAUUGCUGGGAUUCAAUCUAGCUCAAUAGCUCAAGAAAUAAUGCCUGAAUUCUUCAAGCUUGUACUAGGGACUAUUUCACUCCCUAUCAACCUUCCCAACACAAACUAUCGUCGUGCAUUCCAGGCGAGGAAAAACAUUGUCAGCAUACUGAGGAAACUAAUAGAAGAUAGAAGAGCUUCCAAGAAAAUCCAACAAGACAUGCUUGGUUUCCUGAUGAAUGAAGAAACAAAUAGAUACAAAUUAACAGAUGAUGAGAUGAUUGAUCAAAUCAUAACCAUUUUGUACUCUGGAUAUGAAACUGUCUCCACUACUUCUAUGAUGGCCAUCAAAUAUCUUCAUGAUCAUCCAAAAGCUCUUGAUGAACUGAGAAAAGAACACAUGGCAAUCAGAGAAAAGAAAAGGCCAGAGGAUCCUAUUGAUUACAACGAUUAUAAGGCAAUGCGAUUCACGCGAGCUGUGAUCUUUGAGACCUCCAGGUUAGCAACAGUUGUAAACGGCGUUCUUAGGAAAACCACACAGGAUACGGAAUUAAAUGGAUAUAUCAUUCCCAAAGGAUGGAGAAUAUAUGUGUAUACAAGAGAGGUUAAUUAUGAUUCAAGGUUUUAUCUCGAUCCAUAUACCUUCAACCCAUGGAGAUGGCUGGAUAAGAGCCUGGAGUACCAAAAUUCUUUCUUGAUAUUUGGAGGAGGUACCAGACUAUGUCCUGGAAAGGAACUCGGUGUAGCAGAAAUUUCUACAUUUCUUCAUUACUUCGUAACAAGAUACAGAUGGGAAGAGGUUGGAGGAGAUAAACUGAUGAAAUUUCCCAGAGUUCAAGCACCAAACGGUCUGCGUAUUAGAGUUUCAACUUGCUAAAGGUCUAUUUAUUCAUGAACUGAAAAAGCAUAGAGCAGCAAGAUAAGAGCAAUUGGGAUGUAUAAUUUACAGUUCUCGCAAACAUGAUCAUAAAGGAAUUAAACUUUUUUUUUUCUUUUUCGCGGAGAUAUUAAUGAGUUCCCUAGUGCAU